AUGAAUUUUAUGAACAAGUCAAUAUGGAUGCUCAUAGUGUUUAUAGGAGGUCAGUUGUUAAUAUCAACUAAAGCACAAGUUAAUGAUACUGAUAAUGUAAUAGAGGUGAAUAAGAAAAGUGAAAUUUUGUCUAGAAGAAAAAGGUUUAUCAUAUUUCCCGAAGGCAGUUCUUUACAAUUGGUAUUCUGCACAACGUACGCAAUGAUCUUCAGAAUCGGGGACAUCUUUCUGUACGGGUCGACAGCUGCGUUGGCCUGGGAGUUACCCCAGGACCCAUAUUCGCCAUUCAACCAUAAAGCUGAUCCACUCCAUCGAAGAGUUGAUACCAAAGUGAUAUACUAUACUAAUGAAAAUGGACAGAUUAUUGAUAAGAAGCCGUACCACAGAAAACCCAUAGUGAAUCCUGCUUUCGCAAAACGCAGUGUGGACCAAGAGGACAAAAAAGAAACUUUCGAGAAAUCGAAAAUAGACAGGAAACAGAUGCAUGCUUUGAAAAACAAACGGGAAUAUUUGAACGAAGGCAUGAUGCAGCAGAGCGUCGAAUUUCACAGAAGCAGUCGUGCCUCACUCUACCAGAAAAUAGAAACGAUGCUACAUGGUCUUGGUGUGAACGGUAAGCACUGUGUGCUGAAAUCUUUAUGCCUGGUCGGUCAAACGCAGGAUCAUCCUCAAGGCAUGUUCUUCCAAGAAAUAAUGAGAGCGGUUUUCACUUUACCGAAAAACUCUGUGGGCGUUGAAGACAAACACGCGGCAUACGACGCAGCUCUCUCAGCCACGGGUUCCUGUGAUGAACUGUAUCCAGAAUGUGAUGACCCCUCACUCGAACCGGACUCGCCUAGAUUUUCUUAUUGAGGCUUACAGACAGGAAACUGUUUUGUAGAUCUCGUUAAGCUGGACGUUAAUUUAGAAAAAAAAGGUGUUGCUUCUUAAACAAGUUUUUAAUAAUAUUUUCAUUUUGAAUUGGAUAUACUUACCUAGUGAGGCACCAUAGUAAUCUUAAUAAGAGCCAACUUAUAAUUGAAGCAGAAAAGAAAAGCUAUAGUAUACCUAAUAAGAAUGUAUCAAGCCUUUUUUCCGCACACUCGUAGAUCUACUUACAAAAAUAUAAGAAUAAAAGGAUGCAGUAAUAUACAUGCAAUACAAUUGCCAACCAAUUCUCGCUUGUCUAUGACCUCUCGUAGAAAUAACGACUGCGUCUGAAAGCUCAACUGUGACUGGUCGAUUCCUAUUUGCAGUUUCUAUAUAAAGUGGAAUCUUGUGUUUCCAUUUUUAGGGACCAGCGGUUGACUUGACUUUGUCGAUUUUUUAAGGGGUUUCACUUAAUGAAGGUAUACAUUUGAACUAAUGGUUAUCGAU